UGUCAUCAUGACAGCUAAAAUGGACAUUAAAUUCACGUGUUGCUUUGCUUUGUAAAUGCAAAACACGCGGCCGGUAAUCGUUUUUAUUUUGAUUUAGGCAAAUAUUUGUCUUAAACCUUUUAUUUUUUGUUUACCGGAAUGAUAAAAUGUCGGUGUGCAAUAUGUUGAUGGCACUCAAAGCGGUAGGCGCUGAAACUAAAACCCCAGAAUUAACAAAAUUGUGCGAGGAACUUCAGGAAUCAAUAAGUUCCAACACUUUUGAUAUUAAAAAUGCUGUGACAAAAUUAUCUGAAUUUAUUCUUAAAAUCGAAGAUGCAAAGCUAUUCCAGAAAUACUUAUCUAGUAUACUUCUUGCGUUGGUAUCUGCUAAGAUACCACUCAAACCUGUAUUUUCUAAUAUCAAUUAUGAAACAUGUAGUGACUCGGAAAAAAAUUGUCACUUAGAAUAUUCAAUAAUACUAGCUGCAUUGAGUGAUCAUCCUGACAUUCUACAAUAUGCAUUAAAAUAUUUUGAAGUCAAUCCAGUAGCACCAUUCGAAGUGUUUUGCCAUCAUGAGGACUCAUACAAUGUGGCACCCAAAAAGCGGAGAUUGCUUGACUGCGGGCAAAAAAUUGCCGAAAAACAAGUCGUUAUAUGCUGCUAUACAUUGCUUAAAAAAUUACCAAAUGAAAUGUCCGUAAAAUGGGAUUGGACCAAGUUUAUUGGGACGUAUGGAAAUCAUGGACGGGCGGAUGUGCGAUGGAUGAUACGGGAAUGCAUGGCCAUCUUAUCAAACAUGACGGACACACAGCAAAUGGUAUUUUCAGUCAAAAUGUUAGUACAAGAUUAUGAAUGUCAUGAAAUUUUAGAGAAAGGUAUAAUGGAUCCCGUUCAUACUAUGGAUGAGAUAGUUAAAGAUGAUCUAAGCCCCAAUGUCGUUAAUAUUGAUGGCAUACUGUUACCAAUUUUUGAAAAGGAUAAUGUCCAAAAAGGAAAUUUAGUUCCUGUGAAGUCUACAGUCAAUAAUCUCAGGAGCUUGGCUUUGGCUGUUGCUUCAGGCCAAGCCCUUAGUCUUAUGGGUCCAGUAGGAUCCGGAAAGACUUCCCUCGUGGAACAUUUGGCUGCUAUCACAGGCCGCAAGGGUGUGGCCUUCAAGAAGGUGCAGCUUGGAGACCAGACGGACUCCCGUAUGUUAUUAGGAUCACAUCAAUGUACUGAUAUACCUGGAGAAUUUGUAUGGAGGCCCGGUGUUUUGACUGAGGCUGUACAAAACGGACACUGGCUCCUUCUAGAGGACAUAGACUGCGCCGCAUUAGAUGUAGCGUCGACCCUCAGUUCCCUGCUAGAAAGAAACGCACUAUGCGUACCUGGCUACCGAGAUUCUUUGCCAGUAACACCAGGGUUUCAACUAUUCGUCACACAACGAACAUUGACGACCAAUUAUGGGUUCCAAAAGAAAAUGUCCAGUUCCAGUACAUUGCUUCAAAAGCAUUUAACACAAAUAAACGUUGAACCUUUAUCACGAUCUGAACUUGCAGAGAUAAUACAGGUUGUGUACCCGGCGCUUACGACAAUAUGUUCUAGAAUGAUCGAAGUAUUCAUGAUGUUCUCUGUAGGCAGUCAUGACACAUCCCUUCAAACUACUGAAGUAGUGGAUAGUGAUAAAGAAAAGAAUUUAAUUCUGAUGCGAGGGUCAAGACUGAUAUCGACGAGAGACUUGUUGAAGUGGUGCUCUAGAGCAGUAGUUGGCUUCGAUGUGUCCAGUCCUGAGUCAGCACUCAAAGUCCUUCAGGACGCUUUAGAUAUUUUCACUUGUUCUGUGUCCUCGCCUGAGCAUAGACUUGAAUUGUCCAAGAAAAUUGGCCUGUGCCUCGGAAUACCAGAAGCAAAAUCAGAAUUCUAUUGUAAACAUUACAAACCAAAUGUAUCACUAACUGCGAAUUUCUUAGAAGUGGGCAGGUCGAAGGUGCCAAGAGUAGAGAAAAGUUUAGAAACGAUAGAUUUUGAUACUAAACAGACUGUGUUUUCGUUUACACGACAGUCUGCUUGCUUGCUGGAGCGAAUUGCUUGCUGCGUGACCUCCAAUGAACCUGUCCUACUCGUUGGUGAGACAGGAACUGGCAAAACUUCGUCAGUUCAAUACAUAGCAAGGCAAACAGGGAACAAACUGGUGGUCAUUAACAUGAACCAACAAUCAGAUUCGGCUGAUUUACUUGGAGGGUACAAACCCGUCGACCUAAAAUACGUAAUCCGGCCUAUUCGGCUCCAUUUUGAGGAGCUCUUUCGUAAUUACUACAAUGUAGACAAAAACAAAAAGUUUUUGGGCCACAUCGAAACUUGUUAUGAGACGGAAAAUUGGACCGCUUUACUGGCAUUGAUGAAACAGAGCCAGAAAGCGGCGGUUGGGAGGUUGACGAUAGAGAAGUCAGAUAAGCUGAAAGAGUGGGUCGCUCUUGGGGUUAAGCUGCAGAAAUUGGAGCAGCAAGUUAAAGCAGCGUCGAAGUUGACCUUCGCAUUUAUUGAGGGAUCUCUAGUCAAAGCGAUGCAAGAAGGCCACUGGGUUUUGCUGGACGAAAUCAAUUUGGCUUCAGCGGAAAUUUUGGAGUGCUUAGCUGGGUUAUUGGAAGAUAAAAAUGAAACGAUCGAUUUGUUGGAAAAGGGAGACAAGGUUCCUAUUAAACGGCACCCUAACUUCACUCUGUUCGCUUGUAUGAACCCUGCUACUGAUGUAGGUAAAAAGGACUUGCCCGCUGGUCUUAGAAAUCGCUUCACGGAGUUCUUUAUUGAUGAGUUGAAUGAGCGCAACGAUUUGAUGUUGCUCAUUGGUGACUAUUUGUACCACAUGAACCUUGGCGGAGCGGUUUUGGAAGCUAUAUAUAGUUUCUACGCCAGUAUUAAGAAGGAAGCGAAAUUGAGUCUCGUGGAUGGAUCAGGAAAUACUCCACACUAUUCUCUUAGGACAUUAUGCAGAGCUCUAACAGCUGCAGCCAAAGCAAGAUGUGGAACGGUAUCCAGAUCUCUUUACGAAGCAUUUUGCCUAUCCUUCCUUACUCAGUUGGACAGCUCCUCACACCCCAAAGUAGAAGCCAUGAUUGCCAAGGCUGUCAUCGGUAAAAAGAAUGUCAAAACGGUAACCAAUCAACUCAUUCCCGAGCCACAAGUCCAAGGUCAAAAUUAUUUGCUCUUCGAAGGUCAUUGGAUCCCUCAGGGUAAAUUAGAAAUAGCUAUCCCAGAAGGAUAUAUCCUUACUCCAACAGUAAGAAAGAAUCUUCGCGAUAUAGCUCGAAUUAUCUCCCUUGGUAGAUUACCUAUAUUGCUUCAAGGAGACACCUCCGUAGGAAAAACAUCUCUCAUCACAUACAUAGCUAAAGCAUCAGGAAAUUAUUGCGUCAGAAUAAACAAUCACGAACAUACUGACCUACAAGAGUACAUAGGGUCUUACGCCACGGACUCUAAUGGUAAAUUAGUCUUCAAAGAAGGCGUCCUAGUUGAAGCAAUGAGGAAAGGUUACUGGAUUAUUCUAGACGAACUCAAUUUAGCCCCGAGUGACGUUUUAGAGGCUUUAAAUCGAGUCUUAGACGACAACAGAGAGUUGUUCAUACCAGAAACUCAACAAGUUGUAAAAGCUGAUCCCAACUUCAUGUUAUUUGCCACCCAAAACCCUCCAGGUUUGUACGGAGGUCGUAAAAUGUUGUCUAGGGCGUUUAGAAACAGAUUUGUAGAAUUACACUUCGAUGAGAUACCAAAGAAUGAGUUGGAAACUAUAUUACACCAAAGAUGUCACGUUCCUCCAGCGUAUAGUAAGAAAAUGAUAGCGGUUAUGGCGGACCUUCAAAUUAGGCGCCGUGGUUCCGCAGCCGUUCAGGGCAAAGAUGGGUUUAUAACCCUAAGGGACUUGUUCCGAUGGGGUCAACGAUACAAGUGUGCCUCAAAAGAAUCGUUGACUGACGAUAAAUUUUACGACUGGGACCAACAUAUAGCUGAUGAGGGCUACCUUAUCUUAGCUGGAAAAGUCCGUCAGACUGACGAGAGAUCCAUUAUUGAGGAAGUUAUAGAGAAACAUAUUAAAAGGAAGGUCAAUCCUGACAAUCUUUUUAGUCUACACCCAGCCACGUCUCCUGUUACCAAAUCAGUCUUGGAGACUAUUCUUAAUAACCAACUUGAGGAAUUCUCACACGUUGUUUGGACGUAUAAUAUGAGAAGACUUGCAGUUUUGAUAGCAAAGUGCUUCAGUUUCGAUGAACCAGUUUUGCUGGUCGGUGAAACCGGUUGUGGAAAGACAACCAUAUGCCAGGUUCUGGCAGCCCUGAAAAAACGUCAAUUACUGUCCGUCAAUUGUCAUAUGCACACAGAAAGUUCAGAUUUCCUAGGAGGACUCCGUCCCGUACGGCAGUACCAAAACGACGGAAGACUCUUUGAAUGGGUAGAUGGACCAUUGAUCAAGGCUAUGGAAACAGGAAACAUGUUCUUAGCUGAUGAAAUUUCUUUGGCUGACGACAGCGUUUUGGAAAGAAUGAACUCUCUGCUUGAACCUGAAAGACAAUUAGUCCUCGCCGAAAGAGGAAUGGAAAAUAAUUCUGACAUUGUUGUCAUUACAGCGAGUAAGAACUUCCACUUUAUAGGAACUAUGAACCCUGGAGGUGAUUUUGGCAAGAAAGAGUUGUCACCCGCUCUUCGUAACCGAUUUACCGAAAUAUGGUGUGAUAGUGUCACAUCCAGGGAAGACUUAUUGAAAGUUCUUGAGAAAAGCGUACAUAAAGGAGUAUCCCUUGGCAACCAAGAAGAUGGUAGCUCAGGAAUUGGUACUUCUAUCCUUAACUUCACUGAUUGGUUAAAGAAUUCUGAAGUGACUAACAAAUUCCCCUUCAGUAUUCGUGAUUUGCUCUCGUGGGUCAAUUUCAUUAAUAUAACAGUUGCUAAAGGACUUUUAGACACUCCAGAAGCGUAUGUCCACGGCGCUUGUAUGACAUUCUUAGAUUGUUUCGGUACAGCGCUAACAGGUCAUAUAGACUCGGAAACACUAGGUUUACUUCGGAAAAAUGCUAUUAAUCUAUUAUUACAACAAAUAAAAUCAAGUGGAAGUGAAUACAUGGCGAGUUUGAGAGAAAUGCUAAGUAACAAACAAACUAAGUUUGUAGCAGAGAGUGGUCCUGAGAAGUUUGGGAUUAAGCCGUUUUAUAUAGAAGUUGGUAAAGGAAGUACUGAAGUAGAACAAAAUUUCACGUUCACGGCUCCAACAACUGGUGCCAAUACUUUGAGACUGUUGCGUGGACUGCAGCUGAAUAAAGCCAUACUUCUAGAAGGAAACCCUGGAGUUGGGAAGACGAGCUUAGUUACCGCUCUUGCAAAAUCUUCCGGUCACAAGGUUGUUCGGAUCAAUUUGAGUGACCAAACUGAUAUAACAGACUUGUUCGGAACUGACCUUCCAACAGAAGAUGGAUCUUUCAUGUUCAAAGAAGGUGCCUUCCUGAGCGCACUGCAAAAUGGCGACUGGAUCCUUCUAGACGAAUUGAAUUUGGCCCCACAACCCGUCCUCGAAGGUCUUAAUGCUUGCUUGGAUCAUAGAGGUGAAGUAUUCAUUCCAGAAUUAGGAAGAACCUUCAAAGUUAAGGAGCAGACCCGGCUUUUCGCUUGCCAAAAUCCUUUGAAGCAAGGUGGAGCGCGUAGGGGCCUUCCUGUUUCCUUCUUGAACAGAUUUACUCAAGUCUAUAUUGACACAUUGACUAAAGAAGACUUGAUAUACAUAGUGGAGUCACAAUACUCAUCUAUACCUAAAGAUAUUCUACACAAAAUAGUAGAAUUUAAUUGCAAAGUUGCUCAUGAAGUGACAGAGGUUCAAUCCUGGGGUCACAGAGGAGCUCCUUGGGAAAUGAACUUAAGAGACAUCCAGAGGUGGUGCGAGGCAAUCAUAUUGGACGAGAAAGAACGGGAAAUUCUCUCUCCUGGGAAAUUCGUUGAUAUGCUCUACGUCAAUCGUAUGAGAACACAGGAAGAUAAGGAAAAAAUGAUCGAAGCUUACGAUAAAAUAUUUCUUCCGGAUUACCCGAGAAGUGACCCUACACCCCAAUUCUAUGUGAGCCAUCCAACUGUGGUCAUAGGUGAUGUCACCUUAAACAGAAAUGAACAAAAGGAGUUCAAGAAUCGUCGAUCUUUUGAGACCAAUUUACUUGUUCUUAGAAGUCAACUACCGACUCUAAAAGCGGUGGCUCAAAGUAUUAAGAUGAAUUGGUUGACCAUUCUAGUUGGACCUUCAGCCACAGGAAAAAGCAGUAUUGUGCAAGUACUUGCAGACUUGACAGGUAAUGAGCUGCAAGUUAUACCAGUGACAUCGGCAAUGGAUGUUUCUGACCUCCUUGGUGGCUUUGAGCAGGUGGAUUUCAAUAGAAAUUUGGAGAGCUUGUUCGAAAAAAUUGAGGCCCUAACGUUACAAACGAUUCGAAACAUGUGGAUGUUACAAAGAGCGUUUGAAUGGAAAAAUAAUCACCUACUAACCGAGCUUCAUGAGUACCAGAAGCUGAACAAAAACACUAGUAAUGAAGUGUCUGAGGACAAUACAGCAAAAUUCAACCAGAAGAUCGAAUUCCUUCUUGCCCAUUGCGAGAAAUUAAUUCAGAACAACGAGUAUCAGGAACAAAUACUAAAAAAACUGCACGAUAUCGUUAAUAGUUUAAAGAAACUCCAAAACAAAGUAUCCCAAGUGUCAUCAGUAAAUGCUGGUGGAAAGUUCGAGUUCGUGGACUCUUUGCUUGUGAAAACCAUGAUCGAAGGUUCCUGGUUACUCCUGGACAAUGUCAAUCUUACUUCUGCAGCUGUUCUCGAUAGACUGAACGGUUUACUAGAACCAAAUGGUGUACUGAGCAUUCCUGAAAGGGGAGAGUUAAGUGAAAUCAAACCUCAUCCCAAUUUCCGAGUCUUCUUCACCAUGGAUCCUAAGUAUGGUGAGAUUUCAAGGGCUAUGAGAAACCGAGGUGUGGAGAUAUCCCUUCUUAGACCAGAUGAGUUGCAGAAUUUGUAUGUGUCUGAAACUGAGAACUUUUUUGAUUUGACGGCUCUACUGUCGUCUUGUGGUCUGCCUACUAAAUACCAUGACUUGUGCAUUAAAUGUCACGAGUUAAUGCAGUCGUUUGUUGAAGGUCUCGAUCGUCCAACUAUUUCCCAUCUAUUGCAAGCCGCUCACCUGACAUGGCAACAGUUGCUCCGUGGUAUUUCAGCCACCACUGCCAUCGUCAGCAGUUUCUCCGAUGUUUACAUCAAACCACGAAGCGGUUCUGAUUUUGCGUCCAACGUAAACGCUUCACUCGCUGAAAUGAAAAACUCCAUGUUGAAAGCCUUAGAAGAAUCUGUGAAUGGAGAAAACCUGAGCGAUACUGCUGUCGUAUCUGCAGAUACAUUCCACACUACCAGGGUAAAAGGUUUCUGUACAAAUACUCCAGUUGAAAUCGCCAAACAACUCGCCUACAUUGCCGUGCAAGAAACCAAAGAUUCCACAGUAGAAUCACCCCUACACGUAAUGUUUGGCUUGUAUUCAGUGUACCAAAGAGUACAUCCUACGUAUUUUACUUCUACUUACGGCAUCAUCAAUAAUAUCUUGAAGAAACAGUGCCGCGGAACUGACGUAGAAUACGUCGAGACGUUAAAUGACAUAUGCUUUGAAAUGUACAAGUUUUAUGGCGAGUUGCAAGCAUACAAAAAGUACUAUCCAGAAUUGUAUAGCUUAGAAGAUAGGGAGGUACGUAUGGGGAACAGGGAAGGACUUACACUAUACAAUAAUCUUAUUACAUACUAUUUGAAAAUAUCCGCCCCCGAAGGUACAUUUACAGUUGCUAACUAUUCCAACGCUGUAAUGGAAGGGAAAUUGACAGACGACUUUCCCGAAUACCCAAUAUUGAAGUUCUGUCAAAGAUAUCUUGCUCUUAUUGACGAAUUCAUCUCGCUUGGCAUAACGAGGAGUAAUUUGGACGACGAAACAGCGUGUCACAUGUUCCAACUUCUGAACUGGAGACAGAGGUUCUUUAGGACAGCUCACGAGCAGAUCUUUACUGAGAGCAACGAAGCGAGUAGACGCAAAGUGUUAAGAGAAGACAUUGUUCCACUUCUAUACGCACAUAGUAAGUGGUUGCAAAAGCAUUUGCUGCUCCCGCUACUGAAACUGACAGGUCGCGAUAAUUUGCUCAGGCGCUUUAAUGAUUCUGCAGCAGUAAUCGCAAUGUCUAGCGAAGAAGAUAACACAGAGUACACGAAGUUAAGCAAGAAACUCCGCAAAUCGUACGGCCAGCCAAAAUUGUUGGAUAACAAGGCAGAGUACGACGCUUGUAUGGAGAGAUCUAAGAUCUACAACAAAAUAUCUUUGGACCUAAAUCAGCCUAUUUCGAAACAACUGCUUCGGUUGUCAGUAGAUAACUAUGCUGUAACUGACAUGACAAUGGCUUUAGACGUUCCGGACAGUGACAAGCUUAAACAAAUACAGAAUAACAUUGAACAAGUUGAGAGUAAGGUGAUUCAGAAACCAGGACCUCAUGUGAAAAUUCUCCCAAUAAUCUCCUAUGUGGUUCAAAGGGUUCUGACCAUCCUACAAAGAGAUUUCCUAAACGUUUUGACGGAGAUAUCAAAGAACGAAGACAUAGUGACUGUCAGUAUUGAGACCUCGGCAGUUUUAGCCAGUUUGGUGACCUUGGGCAAGGUAACUAAAGGAUUUCCACAAGCUCUGUUGAAUUUAAUGGAAGUAUUGUUGAAGCUUCAGAAUGAUGAUGGCAGCGUACUUUGUGAAAGGAUAUCUUCACUGCCUAUAAAGUUCUGGGACGAGUAUUACAAGGCAACAGUCUAUUCACCAGCCUUUUAUCCGACGCCGUUCUUAAACCCAUACGACCCUAGCAGUUCCGAUGAUGUCGUAGAAGAAAUUCCUGUGAACAGCAAGAGAUUGUCCAAUAAUCUCCCUUUGCUUCCGUACUAUCUGCAGAAGUUUACCGUCUCCGCUGAUAAUCCAGAAUCACGUCAUUUGUUGGCGUAUGAAGCUGUGUCGAUGGAGGAUAGAACUAACUAUUCCAUGCAACUGGGUACUGUGUUGAAUGUUCUAUGGAAAAAUAUUGCUACAUUGGAUUCUGCGGUGUCGCUGAAGUUGAUAUCAGAUGCCAAAUUCGAAAUGAAGAAAUACGAGCAGCUCAUAAACUUUUUAUACUCAGCUCUAGAUCUUAAGAACGAAACGAAAACGUUCGAGGAGCGACGCUUCAACGUUACCGAAAACGUUCGAGCUCGGUACAGACAUACCAAUUUCGACGACAUAUUAGUCGAAGCUAACAUAGCUUAUGAUGGGCUUUUAACACUUCUAAAUAAGAAUGCUGAUGAAUUAAGAAUGAAAAUGAUAACAACACAAUUAUCUGUGCAUACUAGCGUGUUAAUAACGAAGGUUUUAUCUGAGAUCGUUCCAAUGGAUCGUGUAGCCAAAUACAGACUUAAAGUCAAAUAUAUAGACGAAGAUAUCAAAAUGUUUGACGCCUUACUUAGCGUUUAUUACUUCCAUGGCAUAGUGACUGGUAGCAUCGACCAUUUUGGCAGUGUUGAUAGACCUUCCCAAGUCACAUACAGCAGGUUAAGUAAAGAAAGUGGUUUGCUAAAGGUGCAUCCACAUUGCCGUACUAUAAUGGAGCUUAGACAAAAAACUGUUGAUAAAGUUAGCAAGUAUAAGCUUGGGAAUACUUUCCGACCUGAAGAGCCGAGUUAUAACAGCUUUGCUAAUGACUGUAAGCACUUCACAAAAUCAGUUCUAUCCUCAAAAACAACUCAAGACGUUUCUACCAACCUUAUUAACGCGAGUAAGGAGCUCUACGGAAUCAUAGUUACCAACUCUACGAACAAAACAGUACUCCAAACGGCACAGAAAGUCGUCAAAGAAACUUCUUCGUGGCUGUAUUCAGUGAACGCAUUUUAUAAGAAAAUUGAAACUUAUUCUGAAGCAAUACCGGACUUAGCAAAACCUCUACAAUGUUCCAUAUCCCAACUCGUUUUUAGUAUAACCUCCUUGAAUGAUUUGACUAAGGAGUUGAUAGUUAAGAUCGAACAAGGUUCUUUAUUAAAGGAGGUUGUAAAUGAUUUGAUGGUGUUCCCCAAUGAUAUUCCUAAUAUCAACGGUAGAGAGAUGUAUUUGAACAGAUUUCUGUCUAUGAAAUUUAGUCAGUUUUUGGCUAGAAAUGUCAUGGGUGGUACUGAGGAUUCCUAUCCUGCUGAAUUGGAGGUUGUUCAGGUGUUAAAAAUGAACCUACUGGAACUGCGUAUGCAUUGCACGGCGCUAGACAAAAUCGACAGAGUAUCAAUGGACGCUAUACUCACAACUCUCAACGCUCUAGUGAAGGCAUGGGAACAACAACAGAGAGACAUAGAGAAGAAGAAACAGGAUGAUGAAGCUUUAUAUGUUACUAAAUCAAAAUGUGAAGACGAAGAUGAAGAAGCGAUGGCUUUAGAGGAAAUGAUGGAGAUGUUCCCGUCAUACUCUGACCAAGACUUUGCAGAGUUCAAACCACCAACGCUAGAACAAGUACCAGUAAAAACCCCAAAAACAGACAAACCGAAACAAAAAUUUUUAAUUACUCCUGAAGAUGUUUCUCUAGUAUACAAAUGGCAUUCCAAUUUAGUUCGCAAUAUGACCUCAGCGGACUGGUUACCCGACCGAAAGAAGUUGGUUGGUAAUGACGUCGUUAGUCCAUUCUUGGAAAGGUAUCCUACAUUUAGCCGGAUUGUAAAUAAUUCGUGGGAGGCUUUGGACGCUGAGUUCGAAGGGAAGAUCUCGCCGAGUAUAAUGGUCCUUAUAGCUCAGAUUAAGGAUAAGGUUGAUGGAGAAGAGUCUUCAAGUAAGGUAGACUUCUACAGAUCAGCUUGGGUCUCGGAAACUAAGCAGUGUGUGCCACUGCUACACAGGGUGAAGGAGAACACCAAUGAAUUGCUUAACCAAUGGCCAGACUUCCCCACUUUGAAAGAGAUAAUAGUCAUAGUAAACAGGAUCCUCAGUUUCCCGGUCACAAGUCCAGUCAGUCGGUUCCUCACUGGGCUAGAGCUGCUUCGGGACAAGAUAGAGGAGUGGAACAAAAACGCCCAUAAAGGGAACAAUAUGAUCGAAGUGUCUCUGGCAGUGGGACAACAGAUUAUAAACUGGAGGAAACUAGAGAUGGCACACUGGAAAGAGUGUCUUAAUAAUCUGUAUAGUAGGAAACAGUCUGAAGCACAUAAGUAUUGGUUCUACCUAUAUUCCGUCAUCACUUCAUAUUUAGACGCCACCACGGAACCCGUACCGGCUGAUAGGGUCAUAACUGUGCUCAAAGACUUCAUGGAAAAAUCGAACUUAGCUGAGUACGAAAUAAGGUUGGAUAUCAUAUUCGUGUACCACUGUCACUUGGUGCAUUUGGAACCUUCGGAGAGGAGAGAUGAGCUCCUUGCCAUUUUAUGGAAUACGUACAACUACUAUGCGCAAUUUAGCGCACAAGUAACCGCCCACAUUAAAGAGAAACGCGCACCGAUUGAGAAGAAAUUGCGCGACUUUGUGAAGAUAUGCACUUGGGACAGAGAUCUAAGUUACUGGAGCGUCAAGGACACAGUUGAAAAGGCACAUAAAGCUCUCCAUAAACAUACUAAGGAGUUUGAGAAUGUUCUAAAAGAAAGCGUAACGAGUUGUAUUGUGGACAAUUCUACGGAAGUAAUAGGAGAUCACGUGGGUAUCUGGGACCGGCCCAAACGUACAACGACGGCGAACGCACCCACUGGAGGCGCUUAUAUGAUCGAUGUGCAGAACUAUAUGGUUGUUAGCCGAAAUGUAAAGAAAUAUAUAUCUUCAUUGGAGGAGCCUUCCAAGUUGUUAGCUGAUGGAAGCUUGUUGUUAAGAAUUUCGAGUUUGUUGGACAAAACUAGGGCUCUUUGCAAGGAUACUAUUACGAAUACUGGUUAUCCUUCGCUCGUGCAAGCUUUGGAUGAUUUCGUCACGAUUGUCAUCGAGACCAGCCAGCAUCUUGGGUCUUUGGAGGUCGACUCCUCUUUACCAAAAGAAAAACAAACAUCACAAGCCAAGAACUUCGUCCAACAAAAGCGUAAAGCUUUAGCAGAUUUAUUCAAGUACUUGGCCAAACUUGGCCUCAACUAUCGUACAGGCUUGGUCAUAUUGGCGUCGGGCAAAGAACUAUACGAUUUCACUAUACCGCCCGUCGAUUUGGAACCUGCUGUUGGUAAUUUGAAGAGCCGACGAUGCGACACCACGCUGUCUCUCCUGUGGUCUGGCUGUGAGAAAUACUUCCAGAAGAAUAUUGCUCGACAUAGGACCCUCACUCUAGCUCUGCAGUCACCACACCAAGACCUUGGCAUGCAGAACAUUGAACGAGUGAAAGGAUUUGCUGCCCAAUUAUUGAAAAUGACAAACACCCAAAAGAAAUCCAUAUCAAAAUAUUCACGUUACCUCUGUGACCUUCGCAACCUUUCCACAAACCUAAUUGACGCUCUCGACUUUGACGAUACGGAAACAAACGUUUCCUCACUGCGAUCAAAAAUAGAACUACUCGUAGAAUGCUACGCUAAUACUGGCAUUGUUCUAGAACAAUUCAACGUCGUACUAAAAUCUUGUCCAGAAAAAAGUCUAGAUUCAGAAACAGAACCUGAAUUUGAUUCCGUCCUUUCUGACUCCAGAAUAGUUCGCUGUUACAAAAAUACAGAUGAAUGGCGCGAUCUAAAUAAGAGAAUUAAAGCUCUAAUAACAAACGUUAAUAAACAAAAGAACACACUACAUAAAAUAUCGAAUGACAUGCCCAAGGAAAUAAGACAAGGUAAACAAAAUCCUUUAGCGUCUCAAAACCAUGCUAAUAUUGCAAACGAUUGUAAAGUUAAUAUAGAAAAUAUGAUCAAUGACAUUGAUACCUUGCUACUAGACUAUCAGUUCAAAUUCAAACUAUCUACUUUCGAACAUACACCAAGCCAUCCACUUCUAAAGAGUAUAAAUAAACUUGUAAGUUAUUUGAAACAAACAGUUCAUGAACUGGUCAAAUUAGACAAACGUUUGACUCCUAAACCAACUAAAGUUACAAGCAACCAACUUGUGGCUCAGACAGAAGAUUUGGUAGCAACCAUGCUGCUAAUCGUUCAAUCUGUAUACAAGAAACAUUUACCACCAGACACAACAGAAAAUGCUGAAGUAAUUAAUGCUAUAGAUGAAAUAAUAAAGAGCGACAAAGAAGAGUCCAAGGACAUAGUUGAAGACAAACAUUUGAAAGAACAUUUGCAAGACAAACUUAGCAACGAUACUAGAAUGCUACAAUUGGAAUCUCUUAUUUCUAAAACUCAGUUAUUGUAUUCGAACUACGUGGAAUACUUGGCUAUAAAUAACGUUAAUGAAGAAGUCAGGACCGCAGUGAUGAGAGUGGUGCCAAUAUUGGAACAAACUGUUCUGUUUGUCCAAUAUUUUGUGACGCAGAAAGUGUCGGUGCACAGAGUAUCGUGCAAAAUGCUGUCUGUGUUGUUGAAGAUCUUCUCGGACUUGGCUUCGAAAGGCUUCUGCAAGCCUUCGGACUUAGAUAUGGAUGACGCUGAUGGUGAAGGAGGUCCCGGCAAGCUAUCAGGCGGUAUGGGUCUCGGAGAGGGAGAAGGACAGAAAGAUGUGUCGGAUAGAAUUGAGAAUCAAGACCAGUUAGAUGAUGCCCGUCAACCCGGAGAGGAGAAAAAGGAAGAGAAUAGAGAUUGUAAAGAAGAAGAAAAAGGAGUCAAUAUGACUGACGACUUUGACUCUCAUCUGCAAGAUGUUGAUAAAAAAGAUGGCGAACAAUCCGACCAAGAAGAUGAUGAAGACGAUGCUGAUAAACAAAUGGGUGACAUUGAUAACGCUGCGGAAAAACUUGACCAACAAAUCUGGGGUUCAGAAGACGAAGAAGACUUAGAAGAAGAAGACCAGGGCAAACAAAAAGAUAAGGAAGAGAAGGGUAAAGGAGAGAGUACAGGAGAGAAAGAUAUAGCGGCCAAAGAUGAUGAAGAGCAAGGUACUGAUGAUGGUACUGAUGGAAAAGAUAAGAAAAAGAAGAAAGAUAUCAAUGAAAUGGAAGAACCUGAGUUGGAUGAUGAUCAGACGGAUCCGUACCAUGGUAACCAACAGCCUCUCCCUGAACCGGAAGAUUUUGAGCUACCUGAGAACAUGGAUGUUGACGAUGAUCUUGGUGAUGAUGAACAGGAUGGAGAAACAGAAACAGAGAAUCCAUUUGACAUAGAUGUGAUGAAAGAGAAUAUACCAGAAGAGCCUGAAAAAGAAGAUGAUAAAGGUGAAGACGGUAAGGAUACGAACAAUGGACUCGAUGUUUCUGAUGAUGAGGAAGAAGGAGGGGACCAAGAUGGAAACGAUGAAGGAAAUGAUGACAAGGAAAAAGACAAAGAAGAAGACGAUACUGAAAAACCAAGUCCAGAAGAUACGCCAGAAGAAAACGAAGAAAAUGAAGGCGGUCAAGAAGUAGACCAAGACACUGAAAAACCAGAAGAAUCAGAAACACCAGAAAACGAAGAGAAAGACUUGCCAAAGAAUCCUGAAAAGAUUGAAGAAGAGGAUGAAAUAGAACAGAAGAACCAAGAAGCCAAUCCUCAAGCUAAUCCGUCGAACAAUGACCCAACUGCAGAAGAUAAGGCUGAGAAUGCGCAAAUGGAGAAAGGAACGGAUGAUAAUGUGGAAACUAAUGCUGAACAGAAUAAGGAAGAUGAAUCCAGCCCUUAUGAUCAAGUGCAAGACCAAAAUGCCGAAGAGAAACAGUCGACGGGUCGUUCAGAAUUAGAUAAGAGUGACAAGGGACAUCGCGGCGAGAAACAGGCAGCGAGCCGCACUGAUCGCGCUGAGGAACAACGCAAGAAACAUGAGAAUAAACCUGGCAAGACUGAUCAAGAACGGACACUUGGCGACGUCAACGAAAAGAAACAUAAACAAGCCAAAACCCUUAACGUGGAACGCGAGGACGCUGAAGAAGGAGGCGCCAACGAUGAGGAUGCUGAAAAAGAAGCCGACGCUUACCAACACGUGAAGCAAGCUAAAAAGGACGAUUUGCAGGCAGUAGACGCUGCGACAAAAGAACAAGCAGACGAGCAGCCAAUGUUAGUAGACGAAGAAGAAAACGCUGAGCCUCUCAAAGAAGACGAAGAAGUUCCUAUGGAUAUAGAUGAAGAGGAACUACAGGUGGAGAAAGCCGAAGAAUUGAAACCAGAGAAGAUGAAAGAGGGAAAUAAAGAGAAAGAAGAUGAUAAGAGUGGAAGUAAGAAUGAGGGCGGGGAGGAGCCUACAGGAGAGACGGGAGUGGAAGUGGAGGGGGAGGUCGUUGUUACUGCACACGUUCCGAGAGGAAUUGAUACUACUUAUCAUACUAGGCUAAACGAAAACCAAAGCUACGCCGACGAUUUAUCAGUGGACGAGUAUAUGAGCAUUCGUCAGUGGCUGGCCAGCGGUCCCUCGCGGGCUCAGGGCACGGUACCAGUAUGGCGGUCUCUGUGGAGAGACUCUGCGGCCGCCGCGAGAGCUCUGUGUGAGAGACUGAGGCUUGUGCUCGAGCCUACUGGAAGGUCUAGGAAAGCUGGCGACUUCAGAACGGGUCGCUCGAUCAACAUGCGUCGUGUCAUCCCGUAUAUUGCGUCCCACUUCAGAAAGGAUCGCAUUUGGUUGCGCCGCACGAAGCCGGCUAAACGCGAGUACAAGAUCGCUAUAGCCGUCGACGAUUCAAGCUCUAUGUCCGAUAAUAGGAGCAAGGAACUCGCUUUUGAGAGUCUGGCUCUCGUCUCACAGGCGUUGAACCUCCUCGAAUCUGGUGAUUUAGCCGUCCUGAGUUUCGGCGAAAAGCCGAACCUACUCCAUCCAUUUACAGAACAAUUUUCCGAACAUUCCGGCUCGAAGAUUCUAGAACAGUUGCGUUUUGAACAAACUAAGACUAAGAUAGCACAGCUGCUUGAUUUCUGCACCGUUUUGUUUGAAGAGCAGACGAUGAAGAGUGAUGCAGUCAAUGCGAAGUUGUUAGUGAUUGUCAGUGAUGGUAGAGGUAUAUUCUCUGAAGGAGAGACCAGGGUAUUGCAGGCGGUACGCCGGGCCAGGCAGCAGGGAAUAUUCUUAGUUUACGUCAUCAUCGAUAAUCCUGAUAAUAAGGACUCGAUCAUGGACAUCAGGCGGCCGCUAAUUGACCCUACAACAAACGCUCUCACCGGCUUCGUCUCAUACUUAGACACAUUCCCGUUCCCAUUCUAUUUGAUACUACGGGACAUGUCAGCCCUACCCACAGUACUGGGCGACGCUCUUCGUCAAUGGUUUGAAUUGGCUGCUAAUACCGCCAACUAAAUAGCAGUAAUAAUAAUAAUCAUUAUUAUUAUUAGUCAGUAAUUGAUGGUCCAUGUUUGCGAUAGUGCACCAAGAUUACCAAGAGGAUUGCAAUCGGAGUUUAAAACGAUCAGGUUCAUUAAAAAACGCUGCUGCAUUCAUGCGUCCCUUGGCAGACGUUUAGAACACCUGGAAAGAGAAGGUGGGGGGAGGCGGUGACGUAUUUAGGUUAUAGUAAGAUUUAUAUAUGUAUACAAUAUGCUCGCCUUUAUCCCAUUGGAUAGGCGGCAAUAAGAUAUAGGUGUCUAUUUAAUCAAUCGCAGAUUGCUCAAUGUUUUAUGGAUUACGCCCGUAUCACAUGUUCGAUGUUUCAUUAUAAUUAUGUGUAACAAUUAAUCAAAGUAGCUUCAAUAGAAAAGUGUAAUCUGUAGUUGAAAUUUUAUCAAUUUUUGUCGUCUUAAAAAUUGUAACUGUAUUUUUUCUUCGUAAUAAUUAAUCAGUAGUGUGUCAAAUCAGGAAACAUUAAUAGUUUACGAUGUAUCCGAUUCUAUUCUGUAAUUUCUCUUUUCAAUUAUUAAAAUCAGUCAUUAAUAUAAUUAUGUCGUGACUAGUAUAAGUAAGUGUAACGAAAAGAUAAAAAAAAAGACUUGAAAAUUUCAACAAUGAUUGAACUGGAUUGAACUGUGAUGAAAUGUAUGAGGAUAGGAAAAAUGACUGCUGUAAGCGAGAUACGUAUUGUAUGUCUUUUUUGGAAAAUAAAUGUUUGUCGGACAAAGUGGUGUUAUUGUUUCGUUAUCCUU